AGAAGUUCAACAAAUCACGGGGGGAGAUGUGGACCUAAGCUGCUGAGACAUGGACCCUGAAGCUGUCAAAAGGUUGAUCUCCGAUUUGGAGGAGAUCUGUCGGGAGCAUCAAGAGAAGCUGCAGAAGCGCAUAGCGCAGGAAGGUGAGCGGGAGCCCAGCCCCAGCAGCCCCAGCAGCCCCAGCAGCCCCAGCAGCUUGUUCGUGCUCCCCUCCGGUUCUCCGCAGCCCCCGCGGAUUUGGCCCAAACUGGCGCCCUUGAAGCCCCACGACUGGGCCAAAAUCUUAGGUGAGGUCAAAGGCUCCAACGAGGACAAAGCUCCGGCUCCGGCGUCGCCCUCGCCCAACUCGGAGGCGCGCUCGCCCGCGGCCCGCUGGCUUCGGCAGGGCGAGCCGGCAGAGGCGAAGUUGCUGCUGCCCCAUGUUCCGGCCAACAUGCUCGAGCCGGAGGGGUUGCCGAAAGCUACUCCAGCAGCUACAGCCUCUGCUCCGACUGAUGCGCCUGUAGCAGCGGAAGAAGCGCCAGCCGCAAAGGAAACGCCGGCCGCGAAGGAAGCGCCAGCCGAUGACGCAACAGCCGAUGAGCCAACGUCGUCGGACGGAGAGGGUGACUCAGGAAGGGCCCGGCCCUUGGCCCAUCGACGAAAGCAAAAGAGUGCGUCUCUAAAUGCAGCUGCCAUGCGUGCCGUGGCCAUGAAGAACGUACACAUUGCCGAGGAGGCUCCUGCAGAGAUGGAGGCCGAGUCAGUGCCUGUCAUCAUCACUCCCCGGCCGCGCCAAUCCAUGGCUUCCAAUUUUUCAGAUGCUGCGCAUCGAUCGUCCGUGAUUACAGACACCGUGAUUGCAGAGCCGGAAAUUUGGGAGAAUGAGCAGGACCCAGGGCAGAAUCAGAAGCGGCGGGGGGAAGUGAAAAAACAACUGGGUUGUUUGCCACCGAGCCUCAUCGCGCAAGCGGAAGACUUCGGCUCCAAGAAACGCAUGCGGAAGUCGCAGCUCUUGGCCGAAGAGAGUCGAAAGCGGGUGGCCGAAAACCAGACCUUGCCGCAGAAGAUCAUCUCUUCUGGAUGGUACGAGAGCUUAAGUGGUGGCCUGAUUUUGUUGAACUGCGGCUUUGUGGCAUGGCAAACGCAGAGCAAAGCCUUAGAAGACGAAUCAAACGUGGAGAAUUCCAUCGAGUUGAGUAUAAAGGAACCUGUCUUGUUCAACGUCAUCCAGGGAGUCUUCGCCAUUGUCUUCGCAAUCGAUUUGGGCGUCCGAAUAUGGGCGGACAAGAUGUACUUCCUGAGCUGCCGCAACAGGGAAAUCCUGUGGAAUGUGUUAGACUCGUUAGUGGUGGCCUUUGAUUUAUUCAGCCUCUUCCUGGAAGUGUGGGUCCAGUUCGGCUUGCUGCGCAUGAUGCGCGUCAUUCGCAUUGUGCGGGUCAUCAAGAUCAUUCGUGUCAUGAAGUCUUUUGCUGAACUGCGGAUGCUCAUGUAUUCCAUCAUCAGCUGCAUCAAAUCCUUGGUUUGGGUCAUCGCGGUGCUGGCUUUGAUGCUGGGCCUCUUUGCUGUGCUCUUCACCUCGGCCACGGGCUCCGAGCUCGACACCCUGGAGAAACGAAGGGAUCCACGGAACGCCCUGCUGGUGAAGACUUUUGGUACUUUGGACCGUUCCGUAGUGGAGCUGUAUAUGGCAAUGACUGGUGGCACGGACUGGGUGGUCCAAUAUGAGGCAGUGUUUUCCUUGCCAGUGAUCUACCACGGCAUGUUCCUGAUUUACAUCACCUUCAGCAUUUACGCCCUGGCGAACGUCAUCACCAGCAUUUUCCUCGAAAAUGCGAGGAGGAGCAGCAAGACGGACCGCGAGCAUGUCAUUCAGGAAGAGCUGCAGAGCAGGACUCAAUAUAUGCGAGACAUUGAGAUGAUCUUUGCCGAGAUGGAUGUGGAUGGCAAUGGCCUCAUCAGCCGACAGGAGUUUGAGGACACCAUGGGGGAUGAACGUGUGGUGGCCUAUUUCAGGUCCAUGAAACUGGACGCCAGAGAAGCGGAGCAGGUCUUCAACCUUUUGGACUAUGACGAUUCAGGUGAGGUGAGCUACGAAGAGUUUGUGGACGGCUGUUGGAAGUUACAGGGAGAGGCGCGAAGUUUGGACAUGAAGAUGGUCCAAUUGGAAGUGGCAGCCUUGAGUCGCGCCGUUCGCGGCGUACAGCAGUCUAUGGACCAAUCGCAUAGCAAAAUGCGGAGGUCACAUGUACCUGUAGAGACACCUGAAGAGUUGCCUUAGGAUCCCCCCCGGCUGGUAGUUCUUGUUGGGGUCAGGAGGAUCCAAGGGGUGUCAUGGGACAUGACAAGCGAAUGGCUUGAUGCCCUUGGUGUCUUUUUCAAGCGGAGAAUCCACAACCGCAACGUGGCAAUGGAAACUUCGUGGAAAGCUGCCUAGAGCUGAAGUUUUCCUGAAUGGACUUGGGUUGGGCCACGGAUGUGGCUAUAUUCUAUGUUGACUUGCA